UACCAUUAAUGGCGGAAGAGGGGUGGUGGUAAUGUAAGUGUUUUAACAACAUGUUGGCUUUAUUUUCUGAUAUCCGCACAGGGGGGAAUAUGCGUUGUAUUAAUAUGUGACACGUUAUACACAUUAUGUUAACGUGGAAACAAACACAUGUUUUAGUGUUGUGCUUGUGAGCAGCAGGGAUCUGAGGAGCUGAGGAGCAGAGGAGCAGAGGGGGAUUAUCAGAAGAAGAAGAAGAAACUCUCAUGUCAAACAGCUUGAGUCGGUGAAGAGGCGCAGACAUGUCGGGUCACAGCCGAGCGAACGGCCCCGGAUCCGGCGCCAAACAGCCGCAGCCCACGGUGACAGCGGAAUACUGCGCGCAGCUGCAGCAGUGGAUGUGGGGCUACUACUGGAGCUACACCGGGUGGCAGAGCUGGCUCUCCCUGUCCGCCCUCUCCUUCCCCCCGCCGCCGGGGACCAGCGCCCGUACACCGGCUGCAGCUGCUGUUGGUGGUGGUGCACCGUGGCUCGGCUGGAACCCUUAUCUCCCCGGCCUCCCCCCGGCCCCGGCUUCCUUCCCUCAUCCCGGGGGUGCACACAUCCAGCACAGCGCACCCCCUGAUCCCCGGACAGCCCAGGAGCACGACCCCCCUCAGGCAGGACGGGAGUACACCAUCCCCUCUCCUCUGCAGAGGUUCCUGGCAGAGACGGUGGACUUCUUCAUCCUGUUCUGUGUGAAGGCCACCAUCGUGCUGUGGAUCAUGCACCUGAGUGGGAUGAAGGACAUCACCAUACUAAUCACCCAGUUCAUCGUGGAGGAGAUUGACGAGAACACGUCCAUGGAGGACCUGCAGAAGAUGAUGGCUGUGGCUCUGGUCUACAGGGUGUUGGUGUGCUUCUACGAGACGAUCUGUAUUUGGGGAGCUGGUGGGGCCACUCCGGGGAAGUUCCUGCUCGGCCUGCGGGUGGUGACGUGCGACACAUCCACUCUGGUGCGACCCAACCGAGUCUUUGUAGUCCCGGCGUCUAACGUCUCGCUCUCUGCAUCUACAGUCCGGGCGCUGAACAAGAACUUCUCCAUCGCCUUCCUCUUUCCGGUCUUCAUCACCCUCCUCUUCUUCCAGCACAACAGGACUGUGUACGACAUCGUGGCCGGCACCAUAGUCGUCCAGAGACGAGGGGGCAGAUAGCCUCUCCUUCGGCAGCGGACCCUAUUGGGGUAAUGAUAAAGUGCGAUAGCCCUGAAAAUUAAAUCAAUCAGUCACCAACGGGAACAACAGAGAGACGCAUUGGCCCAUUUCUGCAAGAGAUCAAACUUGGACAUGAAUUGCACUUAAAAUGGGGGGGCAUGUUGUUGAAGUUAAAAAGAAAAUCCAUUCUUACUUCUUUUGUUGUAAGGUAUUCAUUUAGCUACGAGGAAAGUAUUGUGAAUUUUGAUGAUGUUAAUAUAAGUGUAGAAGAAGGUGCUGUCCAAUGUUUCCAGUAAUUCCUGGGACGACUCCUCAUAACGUUUGAAUUAGUUUGUGUUAUUUUAUUUUAUCUUAUUUUUCCAGAAAUAGCUCAUAUGUGUAUGAUUUGAAAACUUUGGUGACACCUAGUGGCUGCACCAAAAAAUACUCCCAAGAUGCCUGUUAAUAUUCAUAGUGAUAAUUUUAUUUUUCUACAGAGAGAAACUAAUAAUACUUAAAGAUGGAUUAAACAUCAGUAGGUUCUGAAUCUCUUCAAACAUUAAUUAGCCAAUAUAACCCUAAAGUAAAAUUUAUAUAUAUAUAUAUAUAUAUAUACACACAACUUAAACAGCUGCAGAUGAAUGAAACUUCAUUCACGUACCUGUUUGGUUUGGUUUGCUUGAUUUUUAUGUUUGUGAAUGUGAUUAUUAUUAUAAUGCUCCCACGGUUAUUUUUGUCUGGAUAUUUUGAUGAAGCACUGUUUAGAUAUAUCUGCUGAAAAGUAACAAUAACUCUUCUCCCUGGUGAAUGAGUUUGUCUCGGCUGCAUCAUUAACAUAAUGAUUGUCCACAUGGAUGUUAUUGUAUUGGUCUGGUAUUGUCCACAUACUAGUGCAUCAUACAAACUGAUGCCGAUGUUGAUGUAUAAAUGAUAUCUUCACAAUUAAAAACAUAUUUGAAAAUGACCAUAGUGCAAGCAAUCAAUAAGUACUGUAUGACUGUACAAUAUCACACCUAUAUAAACAGCGGGAAUGAGUGGAGACUGUUUAAUAAACAGUAAAUAUAAUUGACAGAGGAUUUUCAGAAUAAAUUAAGAAAACCAAUUUUCUUUGUGUCAUGCCUGAGAAUGUGGUUGACUCAGCAACUGUACAGUAUAUAUGCAGAAUUAAGUUAGGAUGAGUCUUAACUUAAAGAGCUGUAAAGUUAAUCACGUGCCAUGAUACACCAAGCAUGUUGUGUUUAAACUGAAGAAAAUCUAUUGAUGUAUAAUGCUGGUUGUUGACACUGGUCUUAUAACUUGUGUGUUUUCUGUGUAAACUCCCUUAAAUCAUA